GGCGGCGCCCCGGCGGCGGGGGCUGGAAGCACAGAGCCCUCCCCUCGGCCCCGUCCGCGUCGUGCACAGCGAGAAGCCAUGAGCCGCGAUUUCAAGCCCGGAGACCUUAUCUUCGCCAAAAUGAAAGGUUACCCGCACUGGCCGGCCAGGGUGGAUGAAGUUCCUGAAGGAGCAGUAAAGCCUCCUGCAAACAAAAUGCCUAUAUUCUUUUUUGGCACCCAUGAGACGGCAUUUUUGGGACCAAAGGACAUAUUCCCUUACUCUGAAAAUAAAGAGAAAUAUGGAAAACCAAAUAAAAGAAAGGGCUUUAAUGAAGGCUUAUGGGAAAUCGACAAUAAUCCUAGAGUGAAGUUCUCUCAUCCACAGUCCCAUCCAUCUAUUAGCACUUCUAUCAAAGAAACUCUUCAAGAAAGCAGUCAGGAUUCUCCUGAGGGAAGUGAAGAAAAAUCAGGAGCCAAAAGGAGAAAGGCUGCUCCCCCAAAAUUGCCCCCUAAGAAGGAUAACAGCUUAAGUACAGUAGUGGAAGAAGAGAAAGAGAUGGAUACUACAAAAGAAGAUGAUGUACCUUCUGAAAGAAACAGUAAAGAAGAUGUGGUAAAAACAAGUGAUGCGUCUAUUCCUAAAGUUGCUAGAAGAGGAAGAAAAAGAAAGGCUGAAAAACAAGCUGAAGCUGAGGAAGCAGCAGUAGUGGCAACAGCAGCAGUUGCAGCAGCAGCUCCUGUGACAGUGUCUCCAAAAGUAAGCCCCAAAAGAGGAAGACCAGCAGCUUCUGAAGUAAAAGUUCCAAAACCAAGAGGGAGACCCAAGUUGGUGAAAACACCUUGUAUUUCCGAGGGUGACCUUGUUACUGAGGAGGAGAAAGCAAAGAAAAAAGGAGCAGAAGAAAAGUCUAAAAAACAAGGGAAGAAGGAUGAAGAAAGUCAGAAGGAAGAGGAGAAACCAAAGAAGGAAUUUGACAAAAAAGAAGGAAAAAAAGAGGCUGAACCAAAAAGGAAGAAUGCUGCAAAAGCGGUUUUUGCAUCAGCUUCUGAUUCUGAAGAUGAGGGAGAAGAGCAAGAGGGUGACAAGAAGAAAAAAGGAGGAAGAAGCUUGCAGGCAGCUCAUAGAAGAAGCAUUAUGAGAGGCCAACAUGAAAGAGAGGUGACAGAACGAAAGCGUAAGCAAGAGGAGCAGACAGACGGUGAACUGCAGAGUAAAGAAGAAGGCAAGAAAACAGAAGUUAAGAAGAUGGAGAAGAAAAGAGAAACAUCAAUGGAUUCCAGGCUUCAAAGAAUACAUGCAGAAAUUAAGAACUCCCUAAAAAUUGAUAAUCUUGAUGUGAACAGGUGUAUUGAGGCUCUUGAUGAGCUUGCAUCCCUUCAAAUCACAAUGCAACAAGCUCAGAAACAUACAGAGAUGAUCCUAACUCUCAAGAAGAUACGGAAAUUCAAAGUUAGCCAAGUUAUCGUGGAGAAAUCUACAAUGCUAUAUAACAAGUUCAAGACGAUGUUUCUGGUUGGGGAAGGAGAUUCUGUUCUUUCCCAAGUUCUAAAUAAAUCACUUGCUGAGCAGAAGCAGCAUGAGGAAGCCAAUAAAACCAAAGAUCAGUGGAAGAAAGGAAGUAACAAAAAAAUGGAAAAAGAAAAGGACCAAACAGGUUCGAAAGUUCUGAAUGGAGGGUCUGAAACCCAAGACACCACCCAAUCACAACACAAUGGAGGGAACACUGAUGAAAACAAAGACAAGCCUGAAGUUGGGAGUAAAAAAAAGACAUGCGGCGAAGAGAGAGCUUGAAAAAACAGCUAAAGAAUCUGCCUUCA